GUCUCUCCCCCCCGGGGGCGGCGGGGUCUCAGGCCGGGACUCCAUGUCCCAGGCGCUCCCUGCGCUGCUCUCCCGCCCCCCUUGGAUGGGGGAGGGGCCCCUUGUGCCCAAACUGCGCUGCCCCCCCGCGGCCCGGCCCCUCCCCCCGGGGCUGCAGCCGAGAGACCUUCCCGGCGCCGCCGAGUCAAGGGCGGACGCCGCGAUCCAGCCCCGGCCCCGGCCCCGGAGCGCCCCAUGGAGCCCCUCCAGCAGUGGGGUGAAGAGGUGGAAGACGGGGCCAUCUACAGCGUCACCCUACAGCGGGUGAGGGCGGAGCCUGCACCCAACGGGGGACCCUGCCCGCUGGUACGGGGGGCUUUGCCAGGGGCCGGCUGUGAAUCCCCUGGGGCUGGUCCACUGGCGUUGGAGGGCGAGGGGGGGCCAGAGGGCUGCGGGGAGCCCCCCGAUCUCCUGUCGUUCAGUGCGGAGGAGGUGGCCGAGCAGCUGACACUAAUGGACAUAGAGCUGUUCACGCAGGUGCGGCCCUUCCACUGCCUGGGCUGCGUGUGGUCGCAGAGGGACCGCAAGGUGGGCGAGGGGGCAGCGCCCAGCGUCCGCGCCACUGUGGCCCAGUUCAACGCCGUCACUGGCUGCGUCAUCGCCUCGGUGCUGGGUGAUGUGCAGCUCCGUGCGCAGCAGAGAGCCCGGCUGCUAGAGAAGUGGGUCGCCAUUGCCCAGCACUGCUACGUUCUGCGUAACUUCUCCUCCCUGCGAGCUGUGAUCUCCGCCCUGCAGUCCAGCCCUGUGCACCGGCUCAAGAGGACCUGGGCUGCCGUGAGCCGGGACACCAUGGGCGUCUUCUGGAAGCUCUCGCAGAUCUUCUCCGACGACAAGAACCAUCUGAGCUGCCGGGAAAUCCUGCUGCAGGGCGACGCUGCCCAGAGCGUCCCCGAGGGAGCCCCCAGCCCCCGUGUCGCCCGCAAAGCGACUCCGAAACUGAAUCCCCCGGAGAAGCCAGUGGCGCCGCCCCCGGGCACUGUACCGUACCUUGGCACCUUCUUGACGGAUCUGGUGAUGCUGGACACGGCGUUGCCGGAUUUCCUGGAGGGUGGGCUCAUCAACUUUGAAAAGAGGCGGAAGGUGAGUGGGGCGGGGGGCUGCUACCGGGUCUCCCGGCUCAUCGAGCCCCCGGCCGACUCCUGCCCCAACUCACCCCGCGUCAAACGCAGCCUCAGCAAACGCUUCAGCUCGCUCCUGCUGGGGGCCGAGGCCCUGCCUCCCCGUCUGCCCUCCGCAAAGGGCAGCAUCUCGCCCUCGGGCACCAGCAGCAGCUGCGAAGCCGAUGAGGGGCCCAGUUCCCCCUGCUCCCCGGAGAUGGGGGGGUCCCUCGGCAAGAGCCUGCUGGAGCUGCCGUUCAGCACCUGCCCCGCCGAGGAGCCGCCCUCCCCCGUCGCCCGCUGCCCCUGCUCGCCCCUCUACAACCAGCAGGGGGCGGACUCGUGCAUCGUGCGGGUCAGCAUGGACAACGCCCACGGCAACCUCUACAAGAGCAUCCUGUUGACCAGCCAGGACAAGACCCCAGCCGUGGUGCUGCGCGCCCUCCAGAAACACAGCCUGGAAGGGACCCCGCCUGGAGACUUCCAGCUCCUGCAGCUGCUGGGGGGCGGCAGAGAGCUGCUGAUCCCCGACGGGGCCAACGCCUUCUACGCCAUGAAUCCAGCCGCCAACUUCGACUUCGUCCUGCGCCGGAAGGGCCCCCCCAGCCCCCGCCUCCCCCGACCCACCCCUGCCCACAAAGUCCCCACUCCCCUCCCCCCCAGCCCAGCCCUAACCACGGAGCCCCCACUCCCCUCCCCCCAGGGCCUUGCAGCUCGGCCACCCCCCCCAC